AUGGCCGAUCGUGAGUUGUCCGAUUUCUCUGACUCCGUUGUGCUUGACCCGUUUGGCAUUUCGUUUGACCACAUUUAGGGGGAAACUUAAUAGUGUUGUAGGAAUUAUGUUGAUUUAUGUUAAUAAGUGUCCAGAACCGGACUGAUUAGUCCGCCCGUUUCCUUAGAAAAUUCCAGCUGAGUCGCAGCUGCUGUGGUCGACUUUCCUUUGUAGUGACUGCUAGUUUGCUGUUAUUACUUACCAAGUAGCUCUUGCAACCCAGUCAGGUGUCAAUAUGUAGGGCCGCACUCCUAGGUCAGUUUGCCCUCUCGCAGUUACGUCCUCUUUAAUUUGCGUCUUAAGACGAAUUCGCCAGCACCGUUGUCGUCAUUGGGGACACGGACAUGUACAUUCUCACCAUGCUAUCAAUCGCGCUGGCCACCUGUUUGGGAUAAUGGCCAAGGUGUCGGCGUCGAGGUUUACCGGUUGGUUGACACCCAACCAGGAUUUCGCGGAAUACCAGUAUGAGUCGUUCUAGAAAGCCAGCUGUGGCAUUUGGAAAACAGUAAUGUUUCUACUCGUAAUGGCGCAACCGAGUAUUGGGCGACUAACAGGACCGCUUUACCUUCAUUGUAGACAUCAUGGCCUUGUCUGCCUUGACCACCGGCCCGCUAUCUCGGGAAGGUAGACUGCGGGGAAUAUAGGUCACAUGUGGCAGGGCGUAUUCCCCCCAACAGUGCACCUGCAAGACUGUGUCAAACAGAAUGUGACUCGCGCCACAAGGGUUAUUUCUGUCGAAGACUGUUAAGAUGACGAAGCGUUGCCCAGUUUGCCUCACGUCAGAGUAUAAUGCGUUAAGUAUUUUUCCCUGGGGCUUUUAAGUCGCUUUUACAAAGAGUCUUGACUCCAUCUGCACCGUUUCUGUCGAGGGGCAGGUUGCGCAAAACAUACCCGACGUCAAAAGCGUUCGCUGGCUGACCCCGUUUUGCCGAUUGGGGUUGGAAGCGUGAUAUUGCUUUGGCCACGCAAGGACUGCGGUGGUUUGUAGUCAGAAUUAGUUUCGAUGGGUUCAAUCAACACGUCCACGGUUAGCCUGUAAACAAAACCGUACUGUCUAAAGGAUUCUGUUCUGUAGUUAGUGUCUGUCUGCAGACGCGGUUCGGCCACUCACUCAACCUCAGUCUCGAACAACGCCUCCGACGGAUUGUUCUAAGCUGCGGGAGCUAUCCGACAAUCGAGAGAACCCUUGUACGUCUUCUUGUAUGGCGUCUUUUCCCUGAACCCAGCUUGCCUCGUCAGCGCUGCAUUUUUCAUCAGAAUGUUCAUGAGACCCGGCUCUUCAUGGAUGCCUGCCUGACUUACAUAAAAGUAAUCUUUCAGUGUCGGGAGAAUGCAUCUUCUAAAUGGCACAACGAAAGCAGUUAAUGCUGAAAGCUUUAUUUUGCAUUUUUAUAAAGCAAGCUUCUUAAAGCUGACUGACAUCCUUAGCCUCUAUAAUAACCAGCCUAAUUCUUUUUUUUAGAAUACCAGUAUGCUGGUUUGGCUCAGGCGGGACAAGCACCCGGUUAUCCGCAAUUCCAGUACCCUACUGCUAGUGGAGACCAGAAUGCGCCUUUUCUACAAGGUUAUGCUCUUGCACAACAGGGCGGUGCCCAGACCACAGUUCCUGCCGCCAUGUUUGGCGGACAAUCUGUCGGUUCAUUUGGCAUCGACCAAAACCAAGUUGCAUACUCACAGGCAGCAGCCGGUGUUCCAGUCCCUCAAAUAGGAGCUUCACAAAUGCCUAUAAACGCCGGUAUUGGCGCAGGAUUUCCAUAUGGCGACUACUCACAGUUUAACCAGUAUGGCUCUAUUGGUCCUGGUGUCGGUGGUAUGCCGCAGUCCAUUGGAGGUUCGCUGACAUCUUAUGCCGAUAGCUUUGGUAGAUAUGCAGCAGUUCGGACAACUGCUACCAAAUGCAUUUAACCAGACAGCGACAAGAAACCUUUAUGACGCCUUUGCGCAAGAUCAAGGACUAGCUGGUAAGACUUCGUUUUGUAAUUUCCUGGCUUGCUUAAAGGGUUCAAUCCAGCCGCCUUUUUGCAAGAUCCCACCGGAAGCAUGGGCCGAAACCUUGGGGGGUUUUCAGGCAAAGGCUUUGGCAUGAAGUAAGUUUAGUUUGACGCCACCGCCAAGGCUCGUUUACCGUACGCGCUCCACCGUUUUCGAAUUUUCCACAUUUUCCAAUUUUUCGACUAAAGAACAGCUUUUUCCAUUUGGGAGCGCAUAUGUUUAACCCGCAUCCCUUUGAACCGUUUUCGCAACGCCCAUCAAGAAGUUUGCCGUUUUAUUGUGUGCGUAUCUGUGAGUUUUUCCGCUUUUUAAAAUGUUUUACUUAUUUGAUUACAGAGCAACUGGAAGCUAUCCCCAGACUAUCCAUAUGGAACAUUUUUUCAUUUUUUUCGUGAUGGUUUUAGACGCGUUUGCAUGUUUUUUGGGGAUUUCACCACUUAGUGUCUUUUCAGCCAAAGAGGUGGCAUGAACAAAUUUGGGAACGGUGAGUGAGUGCAUUCGCUUUGAAUGCCUGAUUUCCGUUUUUCGCGUGAUUUUAUGGUAAACUAUGGCUGCAAAAAGCUUAUACGAUCUUAUUGCGGAUUAUCUAUACCUUUUCAGGCGGACGGUCGAAUGCUCUCCCUAGCGUGACCAAUCGUAAGCUGUGCGCUUUUUAUAUCAUCAACGCUUGCAGCUGAUGGCCUGCGAGAGGACACCAUCUUCGUAUCGAAGUUACCUCAGAAUAUCGACCACGACGUUAUGAAAGCUCAGUUUGGUGUCAUUGGGAAAAUUAAGGUAUCGUGAUAACGAAUCCCGUCAUUUCUCCAAGAUUAACUCAAAAACUGGGAUGCCAAUGAUUUGGAUCUUCAAAGAACGUGGUGUUCCAAAGGGUGAUGCACUGGUGACAUAUGAAGAUCCCAAUUGCGUCCAGGCAGCCAUCAAAUGGUUUGCAGGUGAGCGCUUUAACCAGUGAAUCACCGAAAAACUGCUGGCGUAUCAGUUGGCGACCGUUACAUUUCCUGACUGAAUGCAGGCAUUCUAAAACUGUGUAUGCUUCCAUAUUCGUACUAGUGAAAUUAUAGGCGUUGGAGGGAAAACAACUUGGCCAUUUUCCUUCUUGUGAAGUUUGACUUCGGCACUUUGUCUUCUAUUAAUUUUGCACCUGGCGCCGCUGGUUAUAGUCCCUCCAUUUCUCAACGUAACUAAAAGUUGACGGUUGUGGUGCUACCUCUGAGGAGGUUGUAAGAAUAAACAUCGCUGCCGCCUAACCCCUCACAACCCGUUAGUGUGUGGUACGAAGCCACGUGUUAUGUCGUCGCGCAUCACUCACGACUGGACGUCGAGUACGUGAUGAUACUUUUAAUGAAGCCCCAGUACUGAUGUUUGGUAUCUGCAAGCUGUUAUCUUGUUUCAUACAGAUUGACUUGCCAAUCAGGUUUUGAGAUUUGCGGCAAACUUAGCUGCCAAAGGCCAUCAAAAUUUCCUUCCUACUUAAAUAGGACUCUACCCAAGGGUGCACAUAACUUCGUUUUUUCGACCAUGACUCCCACUUCAAAGCGUUCGUGUUCAUGCUUAACUACCGCAUCGUUGUGAAUUAUACCACCACCCCGUGUGUCCUAGAUGAUUUUGUUGUAACCCCCACUCUUACUAUGUAUUUUUUAAAUUGUCUUCAGAGCACGAAUUUUUGGGGAAAAAAAUUGACGUGAAGCAAGCUAAGAACAGCCAACGACCCGUGAUUAUCACGCCAGGGGGCGGUGGAGGGAGUGGUGCAGGCGGUAACAUGAUGAAUAACGCGGCCGCACUCGCGGCUGCAGCAGUUGCCGCCGCUGCCAGCGGCAACACUAUGUCCAGUUUGAUGAACAACAGCGCCGCGGCGGCUGCAAGCCUGGCGGCACUGACUGGAGGCGCGCCCUAUGGAAUGGAAAAACCCGACAUGAAUGUUUACGGACCGCUCGCUGGGGCCCGAGAUGGCAGGAAUGCCAGUGCUCCCAACCGACCCGGCGGAAAUGCUACUAGCGGUGGACGAGCAGGCGACUGGGUGUGCGUGGUUUGCAAUAACGUUAGCUUCUCUUGGCGAGACCACUGCAAACAGUGCAAUGUAAGUUUUGCACUAAGGCGCUCUUCAUCCUUUUCCUUAUUCCUCCUCCACUUGUCUAGGUUGUCCAUUAACACCAAGCAUAACAUUGGUUUAAAUGUUUCGUUUAGGCACCACGUCCUGAUGACAUGAAUCCCAAUGCAGUCGGCGGUAUGGGUCGUGGCUGUCCACCUGGCAUGGGCCCGGGAAGGGGUGGAUCGGUUGUUGGCGGCAUCCCGGUUGUUGGUAGCAACGGCACCGGCGGCAUGGGUCGAGGAACUCCUGGCAACCUUCAGUCAAAUAUGGCUAGUACAAUGCGCGGUGGCCGUGGUGGUGGACCCAUGAGGGGCAGCGCUGUGAGUGCGGGUCGCAUGCGCCCCGCUCCAUACUAACGCAUUUAAACUUCUGGGUUGACGACCCCGCAUCAUGAGGUGUUAGCGGUUCUGAAACAUGUUGUAUUUCCGUUCAUUUGAUACUCUACCAAUGAAUCGGUUUUAUGCUUUCCUGUACGUAGAGGCUUUAUCCACUGACUACAUUAACUUCAUACACUGCCUUCAACAUAAAAUUCCGGUACUUUGACGUGUAUUACUUCCUCAACCUGGCAGUGGGCUCCCUCGUAACACCGGCAAAAUGCGUGCCAUCCAGCUGUUCACAUUAUAUCGCACCUGUUAGCUGUCUAGUUCAGAAAGCGGGUAGUUGCAACUUGUCCUAGUAUGAGGAGCAGUCAUGCGACGUGGUCCGUUAUUGCCGGCUCCGCCGGCUUAAUCUGCUGAACGGUCGUCCACGAUCACCAAUACGAAAUCCGGGCAAAAUUACAUCAGUUCCUUUAUUCGGAGUGCGUGGGUAGCACCAAAUUGGUCUUUGGUGUUGUAAGGGGUUCUGCGACCUUCAUCCCUGCUAAGUCUGCAGGCAUGCCCACGCUCACUAUCUGGGAAGGCCUCCGAUGAUCCCGUGUAUAUAGGUUUGACUGUCUCUGGGUUGUUUAGCGAUCUGCUUGCAGUUUGACGGUGUAUCUUCAUGAUCUGGGGUCCAAAUACUUUUCACCACUGGUUGCGUCCGAUCACGGUGCUGGUGCGACAAUCUGCGGGAGUAGAUCUAGGGAGCCCGGUGAUCCGGGGACCGCAUCCGUGUACCGACAGGCCACAUAGAAUUAUUCUCCAUCUCGCCAUCUCCGGGUGGGCAGCGGCGUCAGUUCAGAUGGCAUACGACAAGUCCAUUCACGGGUCGCCGCGACUAUCAUCUUUAGGUUGACAUGGGACGCUUCCACUGUGUCGCAACGUGCGGAUGUGUUCCAUUCAAUCUGGUUGUCGAACAGUAGCGGUCGCACACUGGUCCCCGUUCUUCGCACUCGCGGCCCAGCAUAUGUGCAUGCAGGCCCCUGUAGAAGUAUUGUGAAGGCUGCCGCACACAGCCACUUUCACAGACGCGUCCGAAGUCCGGCCCCUGCUCUCAUUGAUCCCGGUCCCUCCGCAGAUGUCAACAAUUUUCCAUCACUGUCGGGAAAUUUUUGUUAUCGGUCCUCUUUCGUAGCUGGACACCGCGAUUUGUGUCCGUAUUAUUCUUUUUGGUAGUCGUCAGAAUCCGACUUUUCACGUUGCUCUUGGCGUCAGGCAGAGCCCUCAUCCGGGUGCCUAUAGUGGGAAUUAAGUCCAUAAUCGGAACGACGGUGUGAACUGUGCGGCCAAACAGCCGUCGAGACCUUUGGGGUUGGCCAAAACCGACAAGACGGUGGACGGCUUCAUCAUCCGUUCAAAACCCCAACAUGUUGGGCGGGCAAUGCUGACUCGCUACCCUGGCCGUCUUAUACCUUCUCCAGAUGCUAUUGAGUUGCUACGCCUUCUAGCGAAGUAAUUUCGUUUACUCAUGGAAGCACCGACUUAGGUCAUGAGAACAGGGAAUUCGCACCCUCGCUCAAUGACAUUGCAGAAUCGCUUCCGUGGCGCGCAUCGGCCGCUCCUGCGGAGGUGAGGUUCGACUGUCACUGACCAGUCUUCUAGUACUCGUGAGACGGGGAGAGUACGUGAAGAGCGUUUCAGCAGUUGCGGGAUCAGGGUCGGUGGGCCAUGACUUAUGUGAGGGUUUAGACGCUUCCCGGCUCUUGUCUCAGAAAUUUAAUGUGGGCUAUAAGCCAGGCAUAGUGUGGUUCUUUUUGUCCGUUUUGAGGCUGCUCGCUCAGGUUUGAACCGCCUGGUCGAAUUGGGCCGUGCGACUCCAUAAAGUGCUCUCAAAGCACCUUGAAGUUGAUCAUGAGACCUGCAUAGGAUUGGCAGACGGCUCUCACUGCCGUUAAGACUACGGCCGUGAUCUCGGGAGUCUGUCCGAGGGCGGAGUCGAGACCAAAACGAGAGAUCCGUGGAGCUUAGGUGGGUCGGAUCGACGUUGCGAGCUCCGAACCCUGACCAUUCUUACGUUAUGAACGGACUGUUGGGGACAUAAAUUGACAUUGUUGGACGCCGUGGAAUCUAUUCAGUGUCAGCACUGCUAAUCCGUCUCAUAGAUCUCCGAAUACCACACCACUGUUGUGUACACCCCUCCCCACUUAUCCUCAUUGUACCGUCGUUGCGUAAUCUUGAUUUGCUCUGAUCGGUCGCCCUUUUGCCCGCCGCCAGACGGACAUCGCCAGGACACUCACUGCACUGUAUUCUACCCGUUUUGUGUUCAGAAACCAUGCUACACGCGCGGGACAAGCGAACGAUCAAGGUGGUUGACGCGCGAUCAGGACUAGGGACUGAUUGGCCACCCUUCAACCUAUUACGUUUCGGAAUACCAUGUACCCCGCAGUGCCUCCAGCCCCACCUAGACUCUUCAUGCACAUAACAUACCACCGUCCCAGGACACUCAGACAUCGCAUGGGUCUUUUCUGCUCUGUGCGUAAAUAAACACGCCGAGAGUUGACCGCAGUUCCUGCAACCAUGCACCACGCCACUAUAAAUGGAUACAUAAACACAAGAUAACCCCUGAUCCAACGGGCCACUUUUAGGUGACUGGAUCACACGGGGACACAUUGGCUCAUGGAAUGCGGUCUUCCAACUGUACCGAGUCCGUGUGGAGCGUUGACUGCUGUCGUGUAUACGUGUUAUACGCCUCAGUCACUGUCAGUCGCUCAUCCAGUAUCGUUCCCUCGUACGAGUCGCGGGUGUAUGUGAAAGGAAGGACCGUGAAGUGGCGCGCGUAGAUUAACAGUUGAUGCGCCCACUUCUGGUUAUCUCCACCGUAUCGCCGUUGAAAGACGGUGGGCGAUGUGGUAGAAGAAUGUGGAGCAGAUGCAAGGAAAUUUUACUGUGCUGCAAACAAGUUUACUUGCAAGUUACGACGGCCUCUUGUAGGUGAGUCAUACGGCGUCGUUCGCGACGAUCGAACUGUCCAUGGCCUGCCCCGUUAACUCGUAUCCCUUAUCAGUCUCCACAUUUCGACCGCCCUUACUAUGUCAUGCGUACCAGACCGCAGGGGGACUGGUCCCAAACAUAAGCAAGACCAAACUGGUGGUGAAAGGCGGUAGUCCGUUGUUCCAAUUCGGUGCCCAUAUUCCAGGACAGACCAUGCACUCGACCCCGAGAACACAAAAGCAAUGGUGUGGAUCGGUGAGAAGAUAGAUUGCCCUUAUUUCAGUUCGCUCCCCAAUGAUUGCGCGUUGCCAUCUCUCAGCGGUGAAUGACGAGAUUCCGUCGCUAGCCAACGACGUAUUCAGUUGACACGCUAUUCUGAUUGACGUUGGACUUCUCCGUGGGUUCAGAAGCUCAGACAAAUGUAUCGGCGGUAGGUCCAUCUUCGUCUGUCUCUAAUACCAAGUAAGUUUAUUCGUUUCACUGUUUCCUGGAUCGCUGUCUACUGGCCAACACGAAUUCCGACACGCAUUUAUUGCCUGUCUUGCGCAUCCUCCGCAGCGUGAAAUAGUAGGUACCACAUUCAUCUUGCUAAAAUAACCCCAGCAUGAACCAACAGUCGUGAACUCGCGGACUGUUAAAGCAAUCAGGCGGCAUUUCACGUACUUGUACUCAGUAUAUUUCAACAGGCCACUGCUUUUCUUGGAUUCUCCAUAGGUUUAGCUCAAGGAACCAAACCCAGAUCAAUAAUUUAAAUCAUAAGACGUGGCGCCGCUGAAAGCGAGCACCGGCCACGCCUGGCCAACAGGGACGCGAACAAAAAUGAACAAGGCCAAUGUUCACACGGUAAAGAGCCUCGACAGUCGGGUGUCAUUCGAACUUCCGUCAGUUUUUAUGCCGAUCGGGCCUGGGUUCUUUCGAGCUCGAAGGAGUAUGCGGGCUAAACAUUUCGCCCACAAUGUCUGGAAGGCGACUGACACAAGUGAAGCCCUCAGGAAAUUUCCGCGCCUCGAGUUCGACGCCACAUUCAGACUCAACAUCAUGACACUUGUUAGUAAAGUUAGAAGAGACAGAAGGCUACACUUUACCACAACAGAGAUGACAAUAAUAUUGCAGAUUUUCUUCGAGUUAACGAGACGGCAGCUGCGUUCGAUGACUUUAGCCGAAGUCCAGGAAUUCCUCUACGUACAGUUUCAAAUUACCCACAUUGUCACGCUUGGUCGCCUUGCUAGAGCAGCACAACUAUUACGCAGAGAACCUAAGGGGCCGUAUGUACAGGGUGUCGGACCUCUCCAAUUUCUCCACCUGCUGUCUACACUGCUCCGGGGCAACACCGAUGAUCGUGCCGAACUGGCUUUCUACGCGAUGGACCUUGACGAGGAUGGACGCCUUCGCACCCAUCCGGAAAUCUGGUCCCUCCUAAAGGGCACUUACGAUUCUAAAAUUGCGGCAUCGAAUGCUGAAAUUGAUCCGGAGGAGCCGGUACGAGACACAGUAAGGUUUCUGCAGAUGAAAACAACAAUUCUUGCACACGGCAGCAUAGGCCUUUCGGCCUUCAAACGUUUGGUGCGUCGGGAACCCUGGCUGAUAGAGUCUCUUCUGCCCUGCCUACCGCGCGAUCUAGAAAAUGUGGCCUUUCAAAGUCUAUUUACUGGGACUGCUGAGGUUCCAGUUUACGAUCGGCGUAAUCCAAGCCUUCGUCGAAGCCGAAGUGCAUCGGUUUGGGAGUUCACCUCAAACUUUUUACAGACGGUGUAA